CGCGCAGGCCCUGACUUUCCGUGCUCCCGCGCUCUUCAGUCUUUCGGCGGUCGGACAUGGGCACACAGCAGAAGGAUGUCACCAUCAAGUCAGAUGCUCCUGACACCUUGCUGCUGGAGAAGCAUGCUGAUUAUAUCGCCUCAUACGGCUCAAAGAAAGAUGAUUAUGAAUACUGCAUGUCCGAAUACCUGAGAAUGAGCGGCGUCUACUGGGGCCUGACAGUGAUGGACCUCAUGGGGCAGCUUCAUCGGAUGAAUAAAGAGGAGAUACUGGUGUUUAUCAAGUCGUGCCAGCAUGAGUGUGGGGGGGUCAGUGCCAGCAUCGGGCACGACCCCCACCUUCUCUACACGCUCAGUGCCGUCCAGAUUCUCACUCUGUAUGAUAGCAUCCAUGUAAUCAACGUAGACAAAGUGGUAGCCUAUGUUCAGAGUCUACAGAAAGAAGAUGGUUCCUUUGCUGGAGACAUCUGGGGUCCCACUAAGCAGUUGGUCUAACUGGAGUAAAAUGGCCUGCUGGAAGUCCCAGCAUGCCC